ACGACAUAUGUCACCUGUAUUCAGGUGUCAAAUCUGGAAUAAGGCAUUGUAUCCCACAACUUGUUCAGACAUCAGUCAGAGACCGUGUGUGGGAUGGACAUAUGUCACCUGUAUACAGGUGUCAAAUCUGGAGAAAGACAUUGCAUCCCACAGCUUGUUCAGACAUCUGUGAGAGACCGUGUGUGGGACGCAUGUCACCUGUAUACAGGUGUCAAAUCUGGAGAAAGACAUUGUAUCCCACAACUUGUUCAGACAUCAGUAAGAGACGGCGUGUGGGAUGACGCAUGUCACCUGUAUACAGGUGUCAAAUCUGGAGAAAGACAUUGUAUCCCACUGCUUGUUCAGACAUCAGUAAGAGACGGCGUGUGGGACGACGCAUGUCACCUGUAUACAGGUGUCAAAUCUGGAGAAAGACAUUGUAUCCCACAGCUUGUUCAGACAUCAAUGAGAGACCGUGUGUGGGACGACGCAUGUCACCUGUAUACAGGGGUCAAAUCUGGAGAAAGACAUUGUAUCCCACAGCUUGUUCAGACAUCAGUAAGAGACGGCGUGUGGGACGACGCAUGUCACCUGUAAACAGGUGUCAAAUCUGGAGAAAGACAUUGUAUCCCACAGCUUGUUCAGACAUCUGUGAGAGACCGUGUGUGGGAUGGACAUAUGUCACCUGUAUACAGGUGUCAAAUCUGGAAUAAGACAUUGUAACCCGCAGCUUGUUCAGACAUCAAUGAGAGACCGUGUGUGGGACGACGCAUGUCACCUGUAUACAGGUGUCAAAUCUGGAGAAAGACAUUGUAUCCCACAACUUGUUCAGACAUCAGUCAGAGACCGUGUGUGGGACAAUGCAUGUCACCUGUAUACAGGUGUCAAAUCUGGAGAAAGACAUUGUAUCCCACAACUUGUUCAGACAUCAGUCAGAGACCGUGUGUGGGACGACGCAUGUCACCUGUAUACAGGUGUCAAAUCUGGAGAAAGACAUUGUAUCCCACAGCUUGUUCAGACAUCAGUCAGAGACCGUGUGUGGGACGACGCAUGUCACCUGUAUACAGGUGUCAAAUCUGGAGAAAGACAUUGUAUCCCACAGCUUGUUCAGACAUCAGUCAGAGACCGUGUGUGGGACGAUGCAUGUCACCUGUAUACAGGUGUCAAAUCUGGAGAAAGACAUUGUAUCCCACAGCUUGUUCAGACAUCAGUCAGAGACCGUGUGUGGGACGGACAUAUGUCACCUGUAUACAGGUGUCAAAUCUGCAAUAAGACAUUGUAUCCCACAACUUGUUCAGACAUCUGUGAGAGACCGUGUGUGGGACGACGCAUGUCACCUGUAUACAGGUGUCAAAUCUGGAGAAAGACAUUGUAUCCCACAGCUUGUUCAGACAUCAGUCAGAGACCGUGUGUGGGACGACGCAUGUCACCUGUAUACAGGUGUCAAAUCUGGAGAAAGACAUUGUAUCCCACAGCUUGUUCAGACAUCAGUCAGAGACCGUGUGUGGGACGAUGCAUGUCACCUGUAUACAGGUGUCAAAUCUGGAGAAAGACAUUGUAUCCCACAGCUUGUUCAGACAUCAGUCAGAGACCGUGUGUGGGACGGACAUAUGUCACCUGUAUACAGGUGUCAAAUCUGGAAUAAGACAUUGUAUCCCACAGCUUGUUCAGACAUCUGUGAGAGACCGUGUGUGGGACGGACAUAUGUCACCUGUAUACAGGUGUCAAAUCUGGAAUAAGACAUUGUAUCCCACAGCUUGUUCAGACAUCUGUGAGAGACCGUGUGUGGGACAAUGCAUGUCACCUAUAUACAGGUGUCAAAUCUGGAGAAAGACAUUGUAUCCCACAGCUUGUUCAGACAUCAGUCAGAGACCGUGUGUGAGACGACGCAUGUCACCUGUAUACAGGUGUCAAAUCUGGAGAAAGACAUUGUAUCCCACAGCUUGUUCAGACAUCAAUGAGAGACCGUGUGUGGGAUGGACAUAUGUCACCUGUAUACAGGUGUCAAAUCUGGAGAAAGACAUUGUAUCCCACAGCUUGUUCAGACAUCAAUGAGAGACCGUGUGUGGGAUGACGCAUGUCACCUGUAUACAGGUGUCAAAUCUGGAGAAAGACAUUGUAUCCCACAGCUUGUUCAGACAUCAGUCAGAGACCGUGUGUGGGACGACGCAUGUCACCUGUAUACAGGUGUCAAAUCAUUGUAUCCCACAGCUUGACUAAGCAGAUUUUCAUGCAGGAAAUGAGACAGACCAGAGAUACUUGUAGAGUAAUGGAGGAGUAUAAGAAUGGAGAACAUAAUACUUAAUGUUAGAAAAUUAAAUUUUAUUGCUUUAUUUGAUAUAUAAGGUACUGUACAUUGCUGAUUUGAAAAAAAAUGUUGGAUUUCAAACUUAUUGCUCUUUGCAAACUUUUGUUUAAAAAUUGCUAACAUUAACAAAAUCUUAAAUUUCCUGAAUUUCUUUGUAAACCAUGUGCACUUAUGUGUA